AGGGUCACCUGAAGGGAAGGGGCGGACUGAGGAAGUGUAUCAAGGUGGUAAUACACUGUAUAUACUUCAUUAAUAAAAAUUUCUACUUCAUCUGUUAAAAGGCAGCUUUGUUGGUUGUCUUAACAGAUGAGUAGCGCUUUAUCGGACAUAUAUAGCUUCUACUGCCACUAUAUGUCUUGAAUCGCUUUUCUACUAACAAAUAUACACUCAUAAAUAUUUCAUGAGCAUCUAGAGUGCGUUGUUAAUCUUAAUUUCUUCUUUGCUAGUGGUAAAGAAGGUAGGAAGUUAUGGUCAACAAAAUAGUCUUUAACUUAAGUUUCUGACCUUCACAAUGUUGUAUUGGAAGUGAGAGCCUUAUUUGAGUGGAAUAUCACCUUGUCUAUCUAUGUUUUGCAUGUAUAAAUUGCUUUAAGAUGGAGCUAACUUUUUGCUGAUUGCCACUUUCAAGUUCUAUAAUAAAGUGAAAUUGACAAGUGGAUUUAGAUUGGCAGGAGAAACAAGUACUGGCCAAUUAGGCCUCUAAAUGUGGGCCACUGAAGUCUGAUAUGUGAUUCAUUGUCCUCUGCUGACUGUGCAUGCCGUUUGUCAAUUUUGCCGUUGGAAAGGGUGUUUCCUUUUCUUAUUUCUAUCGUAUACUCAAGGAAACAUAAUGCCUAUUACACUAAACUAUUUUAAGUUACAACAUUAUAUUCGCCGAUUUACAAUCGUUGGACAUUUCUCAUUGAUUUCUGGUCUUAGGAUACGGGAAGGUGUUUCCAUUCGGAUAAACGACAUACUGUUCCGGCCACCCGCAGGUUUCUUACAUACGUUUCACAAAUAUUUAUAAGGCGUGUAUUCGUAUGAUAUACUUAGUUACAUCUACUUUAGGUAAGAUAUUGAACUAUCUUCACGCGGUUAUUUCCGAACAAACGAACCAAAGAUCAGCAUUGUUGUAUGGAUAAUAACGUCUGAGUUUUAUUUUCCUCACAUCACGUUAAAUCAGAGAAUAUUAAUGCUUUAAAGAUUUAUCUUAUUGUUGUGCUUUACGUUCUCUUGUACCUACCAAGGUCAUUGAGACGUCUAUGGGCACAUUGAAAUGUUGCCGCAGGUAAAUCCAAAGCAUGAUGGCGAAUUCCUAGACUAUACACCUAAUGAUGGCGAGUUUAAUGUCACUAGAGACUUGGUUGGGGAGACUUACCCAUUGGAACCACUUGUAUUGGGGGAAUCUGCCGUCAACUUUCGUUCUUCGGAUAUAUAUGGAUCUUUGAAUGAUCCUUAUAAACAAGAAAUCGUUGGCAUGGAGCCAAGUUACUUAGCUGAUUGGAAAGGCAGCAAAUGGAAUGAUGUAUCUACUCCAACAUCCUACCAGGACACCUGCCCGUCCAUUGGUAGCACCCAAUUUAGCAUUGACACUAGUUACGGGGAAUACAUGGGAGGUUACUCCUUGAGUUCACAUGACAAGUUCGCAUCAUCUGAUUCUUUCCUAUCCCAUGUUAAUUAUAAUAUGUCGGGUAUGUUUCAACACCAAGACAGUUCAGCUUCUACUACUGUAUUCAACCUAACGACUGGGGGUGGUAAUGAAACUGGGCUCUACGGAGUUGGAGAAUUCAACAAUAUGAAGGAUGUGAACAGUUAUACAAGUUACGUCCCUUCGGUAUCCGAUGGUUAUGACACUCUAGAUCACCUGGUUUCCAUGGAUACUACAACCAACACCGUUUGUGGAUCUUAUGAGAUGCCUUCUAUACACUUCCCAGUUACUGAAGGUGCCCCUGCGGAAAACUUACAUGUGGAUUCUCACACGAUGCAGCAAAUAUCUCACAUGGGUGAUUCCAAUAUCAAGCCUGAACCAAUGGCUAUGAUGAAUACUAAAUAUUUAUCGGCUCUAACACAGCAGUUUUUGGGUCCUGUAAAUGUUGACAUUACACCGAAUCGCAACAAAGUGAGUACGGCAGAUAUUUCUUCCUAUGCGGCUUUACUUCGAGAUUUAGAAAAAUCGUCCAAGAACAAAGAAAGCUCUGAUCGCAAAGGAGACAAGGGUUCGUAUGCCAUAUCCAACCAUCGUGUAGUGCGACGUUUGAAUUCUACAUCGGAUUUGUCAGGCCCAACGAUUGGUACUAAAAGAUCAAUGAUUGGCCCCUAUGAUUCUAGUGGUUCAACAAAGUCUCCUAACUUCCGCCAAUACGUCCAGAGCGAUUCUGCAUAUACCAGUGGUGAUACCACUAAGACAAGUACCCCUACGACACGCCAUCGUUUAUCAGGCGGUAGAAGGAAUGCAUUGGGCAAUCGCGACACAAAUUUCUCUAUGUCACACAACGCUUCUUAUCCCACUUUUGAUAUGGACACUAUGAGCACGGAGCCCGUUGAAUCUAACGUUAUGUACCUCCCUAGUAACAUUACAUCAGAUGCUGGAAUUGGGUCUCACUAUGAUCGUUCAGUGGCUGGCUACUAUCACCACGGUGGCGUGGAUCCAUCUGCUGAGGGUAAGGUCAUGCAAUCAAGACAUUCGGGGCAUUUAGACGCAAUGGAUCGUUUGGUCAAACGUGAAUAUAUCGACCCCCCCGCAGGUGACACUCAUGUGGUUGAUUUUUCGUCAAAAUUGGUUGAAAAGUCAAACCACCACUCUAAGGGUCUCCAAAUGACUAACUCUACAACGGAGGACUACUUCGGUGGUACUGUUGAUGGGUUAAACAACUUCAAGGGCGUUUUGGAAACAUUUAGGGAUGAUGAGAACAGCCAAUCUCAAAUAGACCCAUCUAUAUUGCGUCAAUCGUUAGAAGGGAAUCGAUAUAUCGAAGAUUUGGCCAAUCAAUAUGAUCUUAAUCGCAGUGAGGCUGUUACUCAUGACACAUAUGUUUACUUACGUACCAAAAACUCUGGUGAGUUUGGCGGCGCAAGUUUGCAGAAGCAUAGGGUUGUAACGGAUCCCGUUGCCACCAGCACUGAAUUGAACGAGAUACUGUUGAAAUGUGCCAGUGAGAAAUUAAACUUUUUACCCACUAUUACAUGGGAUGAGUCUCAGCAGGCACAUGUUGUUACUUGGUGGUCUAGCAAGGAAGAUGGUACCCUAGAAAAACAGGUUCGAUCGUGUCCCGCUGGUGGCUGUGGCAAGGCCGCAGCUUACGAGGAAGCGUUACGUGUUGCUAUGUAUGCUGAGACUCAAAUAAAACCAGGCGAUCUUAUUCGUUGGUAUCCUGGUUUCAACAUACCAAUUGGCACCAGCGGGCGUACCAAUUUGCGAAAGGUUCUACACAUGGUCCGAAUGAAGAAUGCUGAGUUGUGCGAUCCUGUACUAGCUGCGAAUGGAAUGAAGAUCGCGACGAAAAGCACUUUUGGAGACAUGACCAUUGUGGAGCUUUAUAAGGCUGCUUAUGUUCUCGGUCUUUGGGAUGUUGCUGCUUACAACUGUCUAAAAACAUGCAAGCGUCGUGGUUGUUCAUACCUGUGGAUUUACCAUUUACAGUUAAUCAAUAGGCGUGUUACUCUAGAUUCCCUUAAGUAUUUGCGUGAUCUUCGUGAGUCAAUGAAUGUUCAACGUCAGUCAAAACGUAGCUCUCGAGGUUCUACCAGGUCGCGAGUUCGAUGACAAUAUGGCAGUCGAUUUCAUUGUUUAAUUCGCGUCCACAUUUUUCUUAAACGCAGUCCAAAAUUUCGUGGUGACAUUGUUAAUAUGAUAGUGACACACGAUCUGGUGUUUUCUCUUGAUGCCUAUAA